AUGGCCACUCCAAGACGAGUCACUCUUAAGGAAGCCGGUGCUCCGGACUAUGUUCUUCAACCUACUCAAGUGCGCCAUCUGGACUUGAAUGCUAAUUUUGAGCUCAAAACUGCUUUGAUCAAUCUUCUUCCUAAGUACCAAGGACUUCCCGCUCAAGAUCCUAUUAGACACCUUAAGGACUUCCAAGGUGUAUGUUCUACUACUAGGCGGGAAGGCUCUAGUGAAGUUGCAGUUUGGUUGUAUGCUUUUCCUUUCUCUUUCGAAGGAAGAGCAAAUGAGUGGUUCUAUUCUUUGCCCAGUGAGAUUGUUAGCGAUUGGGACUUGCUUAGAAGGGAGUUCUUAGACAAAUUCUUUCCUGCGGCGGUGAUCGAUAAGUUACGGAAAGAAAUUUCAUGCAUUGUCCAAGGUGAAUUGGAAACUCUAUAUGAGUAUUAG